AUGAUUUUUGAUGCAAACGUGUUUGUUUACACUUGCAUAUUUCUCAUUAUUUUUAAUUUUGAGUGUAUAAGUUCAGAAGAAAGCUCUGAGGAUGGUCAAACUCUUUUGGAAAUUGCUAACGAUGAACAUUUUGAUUUCGAGAGUGACAAGGAAUAUAUACGUACUGUUCGUAGAGGUGGGGGUGGUGGGGGUGGUGGUGGUCAUGGUGGUGGCGGCGGAGGACACGGUGGAGGGGGACAUGGUGGGGGAGGACAUGGUGGCGGCCAUGGGGGAGGACGUGGUGGUGGCUUCGGUGGGCGGGGAGGUGGUUUUGGUGGAAGAGGUUUUGGCGGAGGUGGUUUAGGUGGACGAGGUUUUGGUGGUUUUGGAAGAGGAAGUUAUUCAGGAGGAUUUGGUAGAGCCGGAUUCGGAAGAGGAGGUUUUAUAGGAGGUGGUUACGGGAGAGGUCUUGGAAUUAUUGGUGGUGGUGCAUAUUUUCCAUUGGCUUUGUAUUCUCGUAGAUAUUAUGGAUAUCCGUAUUAUUGCAGAUAUUAUAAUUAUGAUCCUUAUUAUUGUCCUUAUUGA